GGCCCCGCCGCCGCGGGGGAGACGCGGCUCCCGGCGCUGUGCGCCCGAGCUGCCGCUGCUGCUGCUGCUGGUUACGCCAGCCCCGCCGCCUGCCUCUCCGCUCUCCUCGCCUCUGAUUCUGCGCACAGCCAGCCCCAAAGCCUGUCAUUCUGCAAAACACAGUUUACUCAACAGAGAGAGCGAGUGGGGGAGCGGGAGAGGUGGAGAGAGGGAGACGGCGCGGAGGAGCCCAGUCCCGCACCCCAGCAUGGCUUCGGGGGACCUUUACGAGGUAGAGAGGAUUGUAGACAAAAGGAAGAACAAGAAGGGCAAAUGGGAAUAUCUCAUUAGGUGGAAAGGCUAUGGGAGCAAUGAAGACACCUGGGAACCUGAACAUCACCUACUGCAUUGUGAGGAAUUUAUUGAUGAGUUCAACAGGCUACACGUUACCAGAGAGAAGCGAUCCAGGCACGGGAAACAGGCACCGAAACUGCUGCGGGAAAGCCGAGGGUCGUCUGUGGAGAAAAUAUCACAUAGACCUUCUGAAUCUGGGAAGUCUAAAGGAUCAACACACAAAAGGAAGAGAAUUAAUCCAUCUCAUCAAAAACAGAAACGAGGAUAUGCAGCAAAGCCAGGAUCUGCCAAUGACAGGGCUGCUAAAACUGUGACUUACCGAACUACUCCCAGCGGUUUACAGAUUAUGCCACUGAAAAAGCCACAUAAUGGCCUGCAGAAUGGAGAUGGCAACCAUGAGAAAGAUUCUAGACAUUUUGGGAAUGGCUCACAGCAGCAAAACGUGGAUUUAACUGAUCACGAAGGAGAACAAAACUUGCCCAGCGUGUUGGAAGUCAGUAACAAUUCCCCUGUUGUGAAUGGAAUUGGUUCUUCUCUGGCCAAUGGAAGCUUGAAUCUACACAGCACUGUGAAGAGGAAACUUGAUGGAGAGAAAGAUUAUGUCUUUGAUAAGAGACUGAGAUACAGCGUGCGGCAAAAUGAAAGUAACUGUCGCUUCAGGGACAUUGUAGUCCGGAAAGAAGAUGGUUUCACACAUAUUUUGCUGUCAAGUCAGACUUCAGAAAACAAUGCACUGACCCCAGAGAUCAUGAAGGAAGUUCGGAGAGCAUUGUGCAAUGCAUCAGCUGAUGACAGUAAACUCUUACUUCUCAGCGCAGUGGGAAGUGUAUUCUGUAGUGGCCUAGAUUACUCAUAUUUAAUUGGCAGGUUAUCCAAUGACAGAAGAAAGGAAAGCACUAGGAUUGCAGAAGCUAUAAGGGAUUUUGUAAAAGCUUUUAUUCAAUUUAAGAAGCCAAUUGUGGUUGCUAUCAACGGCCCUGCUCUGGGGUUAGGAGCUUCUAUUUUACCACUCUGUGAUAUCGUUUGGGCAAGUGAGAAGGCUUGGUUUCAGACACCAUAUGCAACAAUCCGACUCACUCCAGCUGGCUGCUCAUCAUACACAUUCCCACAAAUUCUGGGUGUUGCACUGGCAAAUGAAAUGUUGUUCUGUGGGAGAAAGCUGACAGCACAGGAAGCCUGCAGCAGAGGACUGGUGUCACAAGUAUUUUGGCCAACAACAUUUAGCCAAGAAGUGAUGCUACGAGUGAAAGAAAUGGCAUCCUGCAGUGCAGUGGUAUUGGAAGAGUCCAAAUGUCUCGUGCGGAGCUUCCUGAAAUCCGGACUUGAAGAGGUGAACGAAAAGGAAUGUCAGAUGUUAAAACAGCUGUGGAGUUCUUCCAAAGGACUGGAUUCGUUAUUCAGCUACUUGCAAGACAAAAUUUAUGAAGUCUGAUAUCUUGGCCUAAUUUAAAGAGAAAUCGCUCCAGUUGUGACCAGAGUCAGACAUGACCAUGUUUGAGAAGCAGAGGCAAUGCAUCAGUGAGGAAUUUGUGACAGUGAUCCCAAUGCCUGUGGCUGUGUGAGCUGCACAGCUGCUUGUAGCCGGUUUGAUUUUGUGUAACCAAGACGUGGGCAGGCGUUCAGUGCACGUAACCUGUGCAGAGGCUGCAUCUUUCACAUUGCUCAUCCACAUCCAACUCUACAUUCCACGUGCUGAGAAGCACCACUGAGGCCCAGCAAGUCUCACCCACCUGUAAGGGUUUAUUUUGUCUGUCCUUCUUAACUUAUUCUUGCUGUUGCAGCACACCUGGGCUGACACAGAGGGCUCAGUCUAAAAUCCGGGUCAGCGCGACCUUUGGGAGACCCAAAAAACAUACGUUAGAAAUAUGUUAAUUAUUUUUUUUCUAACAGUUUAAUGGAAAAAUCUGAUAAUUUAUAUGUAUAAUAUGUAAAGUUAGUUUACAAAAAAUUCUAGAAUUUUUUUCUUUGUUAAAUUUAUUUAACUUAUUUAUUUUGUGUUCAUAUUCAGCUGUUUAUUGAUCACAGAUCUUAUUUUCAUAUUUCCCUUUUGACUGAAUUAAAGGCAUCACAUGAGAAUGCAAACACAUUUUUAGCAGCAAACUGAGUAGAAAAAUAAAGAAUAUAUAGAAAACCCACAGAAUAUUGUGGGCAGUUAAUGAAACAGCCACGUGCAUGCUCCUCUAUGUGUAAAACUGUACAAAAAAAUGUAUGAAGAUAGAUUCAUUCAUUUGCCAGGGUUAAGAGAAAAAAAGUGGGUUUUGACCCAAUGAAUCCCCCUUAAGUCUCUCUUCACUUUCUGCCUUCUUGAGGAGCACUGAAGGGCUCGCCAACCAGAUGCUUUAUUUAAGUUUACUAUAUUCCUGUUAGCCAGAUAUCAGUAGCAGGGUGAGUGGUGCCAUUGCGUGGCAUCGUACUGUUUUUCAGGUUUAAACAACCCUUAUGGUCUGAAGUCUAAAAGCAAAUCCUUAUGAGCCUUAGUCUAGUUGCCUGAUUCCUCAGGUGUGAGAUAAUUUCUGCUCUGGAGGCCUUUGGGUGUGGGCCAGCAGUUUAUACAAGGUGCUAGGCAUUGAACUCAGUGGAGGCAGAGGUUUUGUUUUGCUUUUCCCAGCUCUCCACAUCUGGCCACCCCACCACCUGUUACAAGAACUUAUGGCUAUCCAUAAAAGCAGUCCACAAUAAACAAGGAAAAUCCAAUCUGCUCUUGUGGAAUGUGAUCCUAGUACUGUUCAGUGACACUGACUGACUUCUGAACACUGGAUCUCUCUCAGUUCUUUCCUGCUAUGGGCAGUUUGUGUGGAAAGGACAGGAGCAUGCUCUGAGACUUCACCUGUCAUCAUAGUAUGCCCAAAUUGAAACCUCUUGAAGCAGAAGCUUUGCACAUUUGUUUGCUUUGUAAUUUGUGCACUUGCUCUCCAUCCUUGAGCUCAGUGACUUAUUAUGAUUUAAACCUCUGCAAAUGAGGCUGCUCAGCUUUCUCCCUCUUAGCAUUUCCAUAAAGAGUUUCAACAAAGC